CGGCGCAGCGCAUCUCUUGCUGAACCCUCAGCUUGCGACAAGACGACUUCAUAUCAGGUUCAGACUAGGCGUGCGCGCAACCCCCAUUCCAAGCUCCAUAUUACCUCCGCAUUUUCUCCCCUUCCGCACCUGGUUCCCGCACCCUAGCGGUCGCAGGGCUCUUGGUGAAGCGACCGACCGGUUUUUGACGGCAUGUGCGAUUGAAUAAUGUGACAGUGACCAAGAACGACGGCAUCAUGUCUGUCAUUCUGUGCACCGCCGGCUAUGACCAUACAAUAAGGUUUUGGGAGGCACUAUCCGGGAUCUGCUCCCGCACGAUACAGCACCCAGACAGCCAGGUCAAUCGACUAUGCAUCUCGCCGGACAAGCGCUUCCUCGCAGCGGCCGGCCACCACACGGUCAAGCUCUACGACAUCAAGUCGACCAACCCCAAUGCGCUGCUGACGUUUGAAGGGCACACGGGCAACGUGACGGGCGUCGCCUUUCAUUGUGAGGGCAAGUGGAUGGUGACAAGCUCCGAGGACGGAACCGUCAAGAUCUGGGAGACGCGGACGGGGACCAUCCAGCGGAGCUACAACCACCAGAGCCCCGUCAACGACGUCGUCAUCCACCCCAACCAGGGCGAGAUUAUUAGCUGCGACAGGGCCGGGACUAUUCGUCUCUGGGACCUGGCGGAUAACAAAUGCACCAGCGAGAUGGUGCCAGAGGAGGACGUCAGCGUCAGCAGCUUGACUGUUGCUACCGACGGGUCGCUGCUUUGUGCGGCCAAUAACAGGGGCAACGUCUUCGUCUGGACCCUCUCGCAGGGCCUCGAGCGGACCAUCGCGACUGCCAUGACGCAGUUCUCGGCCCACGACCAGUACAUUACGCGCGUGCUCCUGUCGCCCGACGUCAAGAAACUAGCGACGUGCUCGGCCGACCACACGGCCAAGAUCUGGGAGGUGGACGUGGAGCCGACCCUCCAGGCCGGCAAGGCCGUGCCAUUUGAGCUCGAGGCCACGCUGGCAAACCACCAGCGAUGGGUCUGGGACUGCGCCUUUAGCGCCGACUCGGCCUACCUCGUCACCGCCUGCUCGGACCACUACGCCCGCCUUUGGGAGCUGCAGAGCCAGGCCAUCAUCAGGACAUACAACGGCCACCACCGCGGCGCCGUCUGCGUCGCCCUCAACGACUACUCCGAGGCUAGGUAGAGCGAGUGGAAAAGGGAAACCGAGGUAUAUCUGGAAACGACGGGAGGACGGGAGUGGGGUUUCUCUGUGCUGUCGCUAUUGCUGCUACUGCUGCUGAGGCUCAAAAGGCGCAGGGGGAGCAGAUUUGGACACGCCUGUUUGUUCGAGCUUCGAGAAUGCUUCUUGUCUUUUUCUCCAAACAGCUUUUGUAGGGUUUACUUGUCCUGAGCUUCAGAGAGGUUCAUAUACUAUGCAUGAGCAGUCGGGGUUUUCUUUUUUUCUUUUUUUCUCUUUAACUUGGAGCCAGCAUUUGGGAGGGCGCUUUAUAAUCCUUUUUGUUCUGGGUCUUGUUUGGUCUCAAACUUCGUCUGGAUCCACCAUUAUGAAUAUGGCUUAGGUCAUCAUCAUCAUGCAUGCAUGGCUAAUGGAGACCACCUAGAGUGAGGAUAUACGUGGAACGUCGAUGUUGUCCUUGCAUUCUUUGAAAGCCUGUUUUUUGAGGCACGUUGCUAUGUUCCGAUCCAAGAUGGAUAAACAGCGGGAGGAUUAUUGUUUGGGUUACUUUAAUAACUAUUUUUCAGACUAAUGACCUCGACAGUAUGCUCUCUAAUCGACAGCUGUAUAGUAUGGUAUCCUGCCCAAGAUAACAUCUAAAAAGACACGAACCAGCGCUCGCUUCCUU